AGAACAAGUUCAGCGCUAGCCUGGAGCGGAGGUGGAGCCAUGGGGGGGUGGGGAGAGUCGGACACAGUCCCAGCUGGAGAGAACAAAUAAUUUCAGUCUCUCAGGCGCGUAUUCCCUUUACCGCAACUAGGCAGAGGUGGGAAAGGUUUUUGCUUCGGCACUGCCCAGGUGCUUCCAGAGUACUGGAACCCCUUUCAUUAGCAGAGGCGAGGAAGACUUUCACUUAUUAGGUUCACCCUAGAGUCCUCAUAGGGGUGGAAAGCUGGGACUAACUAGUACUCUGGACUGCGAAACCACGGGUCACUGAACUGGAAAGGGGCUUUAGGGGGUGGCUGAAAGCCCAGCUAUCAGCUUUGAGACUCAGCGCAAGAAGACAGAAACAAUAGAAGAGGUGAAGCAACCUUCUCCAAGAAGGAGCAAAGGCCCUGGAGUGAAGAAGGGAAGGAGGAAAGAGAAGUACACAGAGUGAGCCUUGAAAUAUCCAGUAGAGGCAUUCACGGGUACUGAAAUGACAGAAAAAUCAGAAGAGGAAAGGAGUUUUCGCCUCGGCAGCUAUCUCGACCUGACAAGUGUCGCUGCCCGAGGGCAAGUAGAACGUUUGCAGGAGCUCCUGGCAGCGGGAGCAGAUCCCAACGGAGUCAAUCGCUUUGGAAGGCGGCCCAUCCAGGUCAUGAUGAUGGGUAAUGCUGGAGUGGCAGAGCUCCUACUGAAGCAUGGAGCAGAUCCCAACAUCCCUGACCCCACCACCCUCACCCUACCAGUCCAUGACGCAGCCCGGGAGGGUUUCCUGGACACUCUGAUCUUGCUUCAUCGUGCAGGAGCACGAUUGGACAUUGGAGACUCUCUGGGCCGCCUCCCCUUGCACCUAGCCCAGCAGCAGGGACACCACCAAGUCACUUUAUACCUUCGAGCAGUUACGGGGGAUUGAAAGCAAUGAUGAAACUGGUCCACCCUGGGGACUUCUUACCCUUUUCCCCUUGACCUCCACAGCAGCUCCAAACAGAUUGAGAAAAGCAUGCCUGGAAGGUGACAGGGGGCAGCUUUAAACAUACUCCCUUAUGCACCUUCUCAGAUGGGAUGACAAGUUUCUAAUAGAGACCCACCCAGCCAAAGCUCCCCCAGAAGAAAGAAGGUGUAUUCAAAUUCUAGCUAUACCCUCAACUGUUUCCUUGGUUUUCUCAGUUUACAGUAAAAACAGUAGCUGAGUAGAAAUGGAGAAGCAACUUUUUGGUCAGGAUUUCCCAUAUGAGGAGAUAGAAACAGGGUAGAAAAAUCUGCAAAUGUGAGACUUGUAAAUAGGUAAUUUGUGGUGGGAAGUUAGUGAGGUGGUGGGUAGAGGACUUUUUUUCUCUGAAGGUGAAGGAAUGAUGCUCUAUGCAGUACUGUCUCAUCCAAAUAGGCAUCGCUGGUGGAGGAACCAGUUGGAAAAACUUUCACUCGAGUGAAGGGAUUGGCAGUAGUGUAGGAAUUCUCCCCGAUUUAACUGGAGUGUCCUAGAACACUGGUAAUAUUGGUACAAACAAAGUGGGGGUAAGGAGAUAGUUUUAAUGAUGCAGGUAGAUUUUAUUAUGGGAGAAAGAUAUUCUACUGAAUUUUGCAAGGAAGCCAAAGAUGACAAAUAGAACCGAUGUGCUCACUUUGUGGGGGUCAGAUUUAUUCAGUCUGGCUUAAAGCAGAAGGGAAGGGAGAACUGGAAGUCACAGAUUUGCCCAUAAACUUUAAAAACCAAGAGUUCCAAUGAUAGAUGGCUCUCUGAAAUGUUUUUGCCACUAUUAGUGUGUUUUGGGUCCCUGAAGGUCCACAUCACCUCAAAGGUUCUAGUCAGGAUGAAAGAGCAAAGUGGAAAAAAAAAAUGUGAGAGUUAGGGAAGUGUUUUUAAAAAGAUUCUUUGAAACCUAGACUAACUGUAUUGGGAAAGUGCCAUAGCACCAUGUAAACUGAACAAACUCAUGCCUAAAACAUCCAUGUUAAUUUUACUAUAGUGAUUAGAUAUCAAGGAAUUCAGUGCCGCAUCCUGGGAGGUUUCUAUUAGAACAACAUUAAUUACAACCUGUUUACUAGUUUAAACUGAGAUAAUGGAUCUCUUUACAUCUCUUUCAAACCCACCCGGAAGCCAAAGUCUGAAUUCAAGACCCAAACUGGCUUUUGUGACCCCAGGCUAGUUAGACUUAAUCUCUUAGGAUUCUAAGCAACUCUUUAAGACAAAGAAAGUUGUUUACCUCAGUUGCAGGGAAGGUGUUAACCUGAAUAGGUAGAUGGAACUUCCUCACUGGAGAGCUCCCUAAGCCAGGGACAUCACAGAUCUACUCUCUAUCCCUAACCUAUUCAUCUGUUGUUUUUAAAACUGCUUUCUCUGUGGGCUUGUCUCAGGGGAUGUAUUUAAAUGACUAUUUAAAUAUUAUAAAUGUGGUUUGGGGCACUGAUGAAUUUAUUCAAUAAAAUUAUCUCAAUUCA